UUGUAAAGAAUGGAAGAUAAGAUAAGCUAAACUACCCAAAAACCAUACCUUCAAAUUCCUCAACAAAUGCAUUUCAAUCUAAAAAACUCAGCACAUCUGAAAUAGCCAUGUCGGGCAAAGAAGAUGAACAGGCCAUUCCAUUGCUUUUAGAUACUCCAUCAUCAUCAUCUUCUGUACAACCUAAUGGGCCACUGAUAAGAACAGGGACUGUUUGGACAGCAAUUGCCCAUGUAAUAACAGGGGUGAUAGGAUCUGGAGUGCUGUCACUAGCCUGGAGUGUGGCUCAGCUAGGCUGGAUUGCAGGUCCUUUGUGCAUAAUGGUCUUUGGAGUGAUUGCUGUAGUUGUUUCAUAUCUUCUUUGUGAUUGCUAUAGAUCUCCUGAUCCACAAUUUGGACCUGCUAGAAACCCAUCCUAUACUGCAGCUGUGAAGUCCUACUUAGGAGAAAAGAGCAUGUGGGUGUGUGGAGCUUUUGUUCAAGAGAGCUAUUAUGGAUAUGGGAUUGCUUACACAAUAACAGCUGCCAUCAGUAUGAGUUGUUGCAGAGCAAUUCAGAAAUCAGACUGUUAUCACAAGGAAGGGCACAAUGCUCCAUGUGACUAUGGGGGCAGUCUAUAUAUGUUGCUAUUUGGAGCAGUUCAGGUUUUCCUCUCUCAGAUACGUGACUUCCAUAACAUGGCAUGGCUCUCCAUAAUUGCUGCGAUAAUGUCUUUUUCAUAUUCCUCCAUCGGUUUGGGACUCGGCUUAGCAAAAACAAUAGGAGAUGGAAAGAUUAAAGGGGACAUUUAUGGAGUGUCUAAAACUACUGUAGUUGAAAAAGUAUGGGUUGUUGCUCAAGCAAUCGGAGACAUCGCUUUUGCUUUCACAUACAACAUUAUUCUUUUGGAGAUAGAGGACACCCUGAAGUCGCCACCACCAGAAAAUCAGACCAUGAAGAAGGCCUCUGCAGCAGCUAUUCUUCUUACUACCACCCUCUAUCUUUGCUGUGUUUGUUUCGGGUAUGCAGCCUUUGGCGACCAAACACCUGGAAAUCUGUUGACUGGCUUUGGAUUCUAUGAACCGUAUUGGCUUGUUGACUUCGCUAACGCAUGUGUCGUUCUUCAUCUCAUUGGAGGAUAUCAGGUGUACAGCCAGCCAUUAUUUGCUGAAGCAGAAAGAUGGAUAACAAAGAAACUACCCGACAACGAAUUUGUCAACAAUGUUUACACCAUCAAGCUCCCAAUGCUGCCGGUUUUCAAAUUGAAUCUUCUCCGGCUAUGCUUUAGAACUACUUACGUUGCAUCUACCACAGGAAUCGCCCUACUGUUUCCUUACUUCAACGAUGUUUUAGGAGUACUGGGUGCUUUGAACUUUUGGCCUUUGGCUAUAUACUUCCCUGUGGACAUGUACCUCAGGCAAAGAAAUAUAAGAGCUUGGACAAGAAUGUGGGUUGUGUUUCAGGCCUUUAGAGCAGUUUGCUUGGUUGUGACCAUUGUAGCCUUUGUUGGGUCCAUGGAGGGGCUUAUAACUUCCAAAUUGAGCUGAGAAAUGUCUUUGCUGCUAGGGUUAGAAUAAAGGUUUUGUAGUGAAUUUGAUGAAGCAAAGCCAGUUAGGCAGUUACUAGUUCAUGUAGAACAAUUUUUUUGACAAGUCCGUUAAUUUUAUUGGAAGGUCUCUGUUGAAGUCUC